AUGGGUCACCCCACGGUCGCUCAGAGUCACGAUGGCAAAAUCAUCGACCAAGCUAUAGUCGGGGAGGAAUCAUAUAUCUCACAAAAUGAGAAAUUAAAAGCACGCGGUUCCGCCGCAGGCAGUUCGUCAUCAUAUGACGCCGAAUCACCACCCAGUUCCGAUCACCCUCAUGGGGACAUGUUCGACGACGAGAAGGAAUUGGCACAGCACCCCGACAGUAUCACAGAAGGUGCUGAGCUGGGUCAGCAGAAGGCAGAAGCAGCGGCGCUCGCCUGGAGUUGGCCAGCCUUGGUUGGCAUAUAUGCUUGGAUCUGGAUCUGCACAUUCAUGUUGGCGUUUCAUUCAAAUAUAAGCAGCUUCCUGAUCAACUACAUCCAGGGUGGUUUUCGGACUGCACCCCAGGUCUCGACUGCCUAUAUCCUCGCGAAUAUUGUGGGCGGUGUUCUUAAGCUGCCGCUUGGUAAAACCUUAAACUUGUGGGGUCGUGCUGAGGCCCUGGUGGUCUCAACGAGCAUUUAUGUCCUUGGCAUGAUCAUUCUCACCGCAUGUGAUGGUCCCAAUGGAUAUGCAGCCGGGUAUGUGCUUUACUGGAUCGGUUACUACUGCAUAUACCUGAUCUUGAAUAUCUUCGUCGCCGAUACCUCGGGUUUAAGAAACCGAGCCUUCGCUUUUGGCUUUAUGCAGACCCCAUUCAUAUGUACUGCAUUCACAGGCGGCAUUGCAGCAAACUCGAUAUAUGGCAAGUACGGGUGGCGCUGGGGUUAUGGGAUCUUCUGCAUUGUGAUGCCGUUUGCGUUCUUGCCUCUCGCCAUGGCUUUCAAGUAUUUUGAAAAGAAGGCAGCGAAACACGGUAUAUUCCGUCGACAGCCUAGUGGCCGCACUGUUAGACAGUCUAUCAUUCACUAUAUCCAUGAAUUUGAUGUUGUUGGUGCUUUCUUACUGAUGAUUGGUUGGGUGAUGUUUCUCCUGCCAUUCAGUUUAGCGCAGUACGGCCGCUCUGAGUAUUCAAGCGCAAGCUUUAUUGCUCUCAUCAUCAUCGGAGUCUUCAUGCUGUGCGUCUUUGCAGCAUGGGAGAAAUGGGGUGCACGAACACACUUUAUCCGCUAUGAGUUGAUCAAGCGGCCGACUAUUUUAGGCGCAUGCCUACUGUCCGCCGUGCUAUUUUUCAGCUUUGAACUCUGGGACCAGUACUUCUACAACUACGUCCUGAUCUCCUAUGACAUUUCUGCAGUCAAUGCAAACUACAUGUUGCAGAUUUACAAUGUUGGCUCUUGCUUCUUUUCUCCCAUUAUUGGAGCUAUCAUCUGGGCUACCGCGCGUUUCAAAUAUAUCUGCCUCUUUUUCGGAGCCCCGCUGAUGAUCCUUGGCUCUGGGUUGAUGAUCUACUUUCGUGGCGCAGAUCACGGCAUUGGCUACGUUGUUAUGUGUCAGAUCUUUAUUGCCUUUGCCGGUGGUACUCUCGUUAUCGGCGAAGACAUGGCCGUUAUGGCAGCAGGUGGCCGCGAGGGCACCCCGAUGAUGCUGGCCCUCAUCGGAUUAUUCUCGAAUAUUGGCGGUGCGAUUGGCCUGGCUGUUGGCGCUGCUAUCUACAACAAUGUCUUCGUCAAUACCCUCACAGCCCAGCUGCCGGAUAACUUGAAGACCAAUGCCACUCAGAUAUACUUCGAUGGCAUCCCAGUGCAGUCGACUUACCCCUGGGGAAGCCCUCUUCGCGAAGCUGUCGCGUAUACGUGGGGCCAUGCCCAGCGCUUGAACUGUAUUGCCUCUACUGCCGUCUUAGCUUUGACUAUUCCCUGUAUUCUGGUCUGGAGGAACUAUGACGUUAACCGGAAGCAGAACAAGGGUAGAAUGAUCUUCUAG